AUGAACGUUAAGAACCAGAUGGAUCGGUUAGAGCAGCAAAUACAAGAAGCUCAGCAAAGGUAUUCAAAUGCACAGGGGUGGCUAAACGAAGAAAAUCAAAGGACUAGUGAAAACAUGAAGCGUGCCAUUUCGAUCAGUCGGAAAAUUCAAGCUCGUCGAGAAAAACUGCGGGAAACGAACGAAGCAUGCCGAACUAAGGCUGAAAAACUACAGCUUGCUUACAAGAACAUCGAAUUUCACGGGCUGAUUGUUGAGAUAAGAGAAGGGUUAAAGAGAGCUGUAGAGUUGACAUCAAGAGCAGAGAGGAAGAUGGUUAAAGUGGCUCACGGAUUGGAGAGCAUGAACGAAGAGAGAUUGAACGAAACUGGAAUUGAUAACAACAACAAUACCAAAGAAUUUGGAGAAAUGGAAACUUUUGGCUCAAGAAGGGCUCCAUUAGAGGCAUUAAGGAAUGAAUUUUUCGAUUCUCAGCUCAAAGAAUUCCUAAUAUUGAGAAAGAAAGUCGACGCGAUCAAUACGGAAAUUGAGAUUGUCGACGAUAAGUUUGCCGUGUUGGAGGCGAGAAAACAAGAGUUACAAGCAGGAAUACAUGAGUAUAAAACUAAAAAACGCGAUCUCUUGAAAGCAAAGGCAAAUAAGGAAAAUCUCCACAGCCCAAACUUGAGGUUAUUUUUAGUGGAACUUGGGGUAAUAUGAGCUCAGAGCGUGGCUAAAAGAGCAAGCCGGGUCUUUAUUUUAUAGGAAUUUGACUAAUAUUAAUACACAUACAGUAUGAUCAAAUAUAGCGCUACGUUGAUGCGCUACAAAACAUUCCGCAGAUACGAAUGUUAUGUAUGAAAAAAAGCUAACAAUUUAUGUGAAGAAGAACGCUGAAGCUAGUUUGCCGUGAUAGCUUUUUAUUUCAAGUUACUUUUUCUUUCUCGUGAACUGGUCACCGUCAGACGGAUCUGUGCACAGAUUAUGUCUAAGAUAGUAUAUUAAAGUUCACAAGGCAACCAGGUGGACAUUCUGACAUGGUUUGAUGCUACUCUAGUUUAAAAGAAUUAAUUAAUGUAACCGAGAAGUUACAAUUCAUAGACGCUAUGAAUUGUAUAAAGAGGGUAAGUUUCUAAAGAAACUGUGGUGCUGCGUCGGUGAGAGAGUAUAACAGGUAAUUUCAUGGGUGUUAACAACUGAGUUGAAAACGUAAAUUGGCCACCGUUAAGAUUCAAAAGGCUAACAUUUCGAGCGUUAGCCCUUCUUCAGAGAGAUUGCGAAAUGCUAACGUUCGAAACGUCAGCCUUUUGACUCUUAACGGUGGCCAAUUUACGUUUUCGACUCAGUUGUUAACACCAAAUUACCUAUGAACUGUAACCUCUCGGUUACAUUCAUUAAAUCUUUAAACCAGAGUAGCAUCAAACCAUGUCAGAUUGUGUCUAAUUCACUACUUAAGGUCUUGAGUUCUUUAUGUAAAAAAGUCAAAACACGUUUCCACUUUUUAGUCCUAGUCAGUGAAACUCGGUCAGGCUUAGGGGGGAAAAGAAAAGUUUCGAGGAGAAGAAGCACAUUUCAAUUUACAAAUAAAUGCCUCCUUAAGCUCGUUUUGGGUGAAAUCAGACGAUAACGUCCAAAAGCGGACUUAGAAAUUCGUAAGCGGAAGAUAGAGUUCGAAAUCAGAUGAUACCGUCCGAAAUUGGACAGCAGCGUCAGAAAUUCGACGAUUCGUCUGAGAUCGGAUGAUUGCGUCCGUAAAUAGACGAUAGUUAGUGAUUCUAGCAGGACUCAGAGGAGUCCGAUUCGGCCUGUAGUAAUAUGAGAGAUAUUCGCAUUGUUUUCCGAUUUGUUUAUCAUAAGUAUGAAAACGUCCAAAAUUUGACGAGGGCACCCGUUAUCGAACACAAGGGUUCAAAAGUGCACGAUAGAGUCUUCUUUUAAUUUUUUGGGGGUAAGUCCGUGAUUUUUUGACUGACUGACUGAAAUCACGGUUAGGUUUAUCAGAAAAGUUGAUGGAGUCGCCUAUUCAAAAUAACUACUAUCGUUUUAAACUUAAUCAACUAAUCACGAAUGCGGUGACUAUGAAAACUUAAAAUAUCCACCUACUAACGUGAUUUGAAAUAAAAAUUCUGACAAUUAUCAUAAGCGUUGUCCGAUUAUAUUUGAUGACGGCGACUGUGGAGUCGAAAUUGAUUCGAUAUGCGCCGUAGAUGCGACAGUGCCUACAUCUGUGCGUGCGCACACACUAAUGCGGCCAUUUAUGCCGGCUUGGGCAUGUUCAUACUUCCCAUUGAAGUCAUGAAAUAUGAAGCGUGGGAACGGCCAAAUUUAACACGCUUUACGCUUUGUUGACGCGACAUUAGUGGCGAAAAUGCUGUUUUUAAUUUGCUUAUAGACCCAGGAAGUAGAUGCAAACUGAAACAGGAAAAGUCUUUCUAGGUAUAUUUUGGUGCAACGUGUACAAGCCAUGUCCAAUAUCCAAGCGUCCACGCCAGUGUAUUAUUUCAUACCAAAUGUCAUGCCAAAUAUGGAGAACACUACUGCUUGGCGGGAAAUUUGUCUGUCACAGCGACACAGUCGUCUCCUGAGUAUUGUGGCAGUUUCAUUCAUAGCGAGCAAACUAUUUGGUCUUUUUUGUUAAAGGGACUAAAUCUUUUUAUUUUCAUGGAGAAAGGAGUGGUAAGUAAUUUUUUUGCAAUUGUGUACAGAGAAGAUGAGAAUAUUUAUGCUGUGAGCUCACUUGCAAGCGAUAAACAAAUCGAGGUAAACCUUUCGAGCGUACGAAGGCGAGUCCAGCUGUGAAAUAAUUUUGUUAGUGCAUUUCAUAUAAAUAACAUUUCUAACUGUGAUAUGUGUUAAAUUCUAAUUUUAAGUCCAUAGGCUUGUUGAACUGCAGGUCAAAAGAUCGGUUUAAUGAAAUUUAAGGAAAGAUUUUUAGAAGAUAGAAUUUCUUCGGUACGAAACGUUUCCAAAACGAAUUGAAAACUUCAGUGAUGCAAGUUUAAGCUUCCUUGUCACCUCAAGUUUUAUGCCCUUACGUAAAAAAAAAAACUCCCCGUUUUCCUCUCUUUCCUGGCCAUUUAAAAGGUAGCCAAAACCUUCUCACUAGGCUUAGAUGACUCAGUUGACGUAAAACAAUAGCGAACAAAAUAGGCAAAAGAACGAGGAAAACGAUGAAAACAAUAGGUUAAUUAACCUCUAAGAUAUGAGGCGGUGCAUGUAUGAGACGUGUCUUGCGUCUCCUACACCAAGAAAGAGCCCCAAAAACGUUUCUUCAAACAAAAAAAUAUGGUUUUGUUUCCCUGUUUCAUGUGGUGUAAUAAUUAACACUAUUUCUGUUAUGAAAUAGACUCUUAUUUAAUGAUUCCAUGCAUUGCGGCUUUCACUUUCCUGUCUUACUUCACGCCUCAAUCAAGUGGAUUAUUACUAUAAUUGUGAAUUGUGAAUUGUAGAUCUUAGGUGAGAACUCUUAAUCAGCGACGUUGUUCAUGAAACUUAAGUUAAUUCAGUCGCUACGAAUGCAAAUUCAGUAUCUUAAAAACAUGUUCUUCUUAUUGUUGCAAUUUAUGUUAUGAGUUUGCCUUUCCUACGUACUAACAGUAUUAAUUUUCAUGUUGUGGUUUGUAGGACUACUCAGCCAGUGUGUGUCAUGAGCUGCUUGAAAACCCUUGUGAGAGUUCAGUAAAAGAAUUCUCUGAAUUCAUAACCAGGGUAGGAAACCUCAACCACAUAGAAAAUAUGUCUACAAAGAAGCUGAUACACCACACCCACUCUGAUUAGCUAAAAACUAAUCCUUCAAUGUAUCGCUAAGCUUUUUGCUUAUGUUUUUAUGAUAUCCACUUGUCAUUAUCUAGCCAUCCUUUCUAUCAAUUUACUGGGCUAGUAACCUUCAUGGGGUGUUAGUGGAACGCAUCCAAAAAGUUCAUAAAUCUCAAGCUAAAGGCUGAUGAUUCACAAACUAUUCUUUGGUUCUCUCAACUUUAAAUUGAUUGGGUUGUUACACUGAAAAAUGAGGAAAAAAUAAAAAAUCUUGCAAACAUUGAGACUUAGUCACAGUUGUCUUUGGAUCUAGAAGAGAGACCUAGUCAAAGACUUAAGGAUGGGGUAGCUAUUAUCAGUAUAGUAUUGUUGAAUGGGAUAAUUCCCUCUUAAUGUUGCCUGUUGCAGUGUUAUGAAUGGUACAUCAUUGGUUUUUUUUUCCUCAGGGGAUUCCUAUCAAUGCAAUUUGGAUGAACUUGCUUAUAAUCAUUCAUUUUUUAAUUCAGGAAUUAAAUUCAGGACACAUUGCUCAGCUGUCUGAUAUUUUCAAGAAGAUCACUGACACCAUUGAGAAUCAGAAGGAGCCAAAGAAUGUCAAUCUGGAGAAGCUCUUUGACUUGGAUUUUCAUUUGAUUAUACCAUUCAUAAACAGUUUAGUCUUUGUUUAAUAAUAUAAUUACAUAAAAUUUCCCUCUGUCCCAAGUGUUUUUUUUCUAGCUAGAGUUUAGCAGGACAUUCUGUUUCAAAAACCUGCUUGAUUUUUUGCAUCAAAGAUUUAAGUGACUUGAGCCUUUAUUCUUUAUGAUAUUAUCCACCUCCCAAAAGUUCUUCAUGUACUUGUUGAUGGGGAUGUUAUCUGCACACCAGAUGCAUUGGAAUCAUUGGUCUCAAUGCUCACAUUAAUGACUGUAAGUAGCAAGUAAAAUAAUCUCCUUUUUUAAAGCUUUCAAAUCAAGAAUUGCACACUUAAGAAGUUUUUUACAAAAUUCUGGAAAAGCCUGGCAAGUUGCAUGGUAAUUUUCAGUACACAGAAAUAGUAUUGAAAAUAUCAAAAUAUUAAUAAAAUGAUGUAUGAAAAAAUUUGGAAGAAUUUUCUAUUCUUUUUUCCAAACAACAAGUCCUUAGUUGCAACCAAUGAGAUUGAAGAAUUUUUAGUCUCAAGCCAUGUGAUUUGAUUUGCAACCCUUAUUCUGAAAUUUGAGAUAAUGGUUUGGAUUAAGUUUGAAGAAAGUAAUAAUUUUGUGCGCAAACUUAAGAGCAAUAGUAAUGAUAACAGUGAUGACAAUGCCAGCUGACCGGUGAUGCCAUAUUUUCAAAUAUUAUUGUUUUUAUUCUAGGCAACAUGUGAAAAGCUUCCUUCAGGUAAAUUUAUUUGCCAUUCUUUUGGUCCAUGUUCUUCAUGAGGUAUUAAAAUUUUAUUUGUAAAGGAUACAUAGAGGAUAAUACAGACCCCACAGAGAUACAAAAUUUCUUAUUCAGUGUUGAAAAUAUUUCAGGAGUGAGCAAAGUGAACCAAUAAAAUAUUUUUUAACAGGAGAAGAAAAAUUUUGUAUCUCCAAGCAGCCAUGUAAUAUUUUAUUUGUAUUAUAUUACCACUAAUUAAAUACUUAAUCAUUCCAAAAGACACAACUUCUAUAUGUAACCAUAGCAACAGUUAUAUUUUUAUGUGUGAAGACAUGUUAUCUUCAUGUGUGAAGAUAUCAUGUUUUUGCACAAAAGCUCAAUUGGUAUUUUGUCGGUGUUUCUAUAAUAAUAUGAAAUAAUAAACUUUCCUAAGAGCACCUUUCUAUAAUGAUGACUUUGUGUAAAAUUUUUGGAACAGGAAGGUCCAAUGUUCUCACAACAGCAAGGGCCACUGUUGUGCACUAUGAACAUUUCAGUUAUUAAUUAUUAGCAUUGAACUUAGUUUUUGAAAAUAGUUAUCAUGUUGUAUUAUUAUUGAUUUUUCUCAUUAAAGGCAAGGCAAAGUUGGUUUCAGUUGUCCCACACUUAAUUUGUGAUAUCAUUGCAAAAGAGAAAAAAAGCAUUGGUUUGAGUAUUGAGGUAAAUCUUCUCAUUUGCAUACCUGUCAAGUACCAUAGAAUGUUAUGAACAAUGUUCAUAAAGCACUUUUCAUUUAUAUUCACCACUAGAAUAAAACAGGUAAUGGCUAAACAUUUUCACUCUCUGAAUAUAAUUUCAUCUGUAUUUAAAUGUCAUUGUGAUUAGUGUAAAUAAUAAAACUAAAUUCUUAGUUCAAUAAUGUGGUAUAAGACUGACAUAGCAAAUGCCUUAGUGAAUGAAAUAGAAUUACUGACUGACUGAUUGGCUAGGUGCCUCAGACUGUUUGACUGCAUAGCUUAAUGACCCACUGGUUGAUUAGAUCUACUGACCAGUCAACUGUUUGGCCAGGAGGCAGACAGUCUGACUCAAUUAAGUUGUUUUUUCAGGCUGUGAAGCUAACAAAUAUGAUUCUUGGAGAUGAAGCUAAUCAUGACUUGGAUCCAUCAGAUGCUGUGUGUCUGGCUUCCAAAGAAUUGUAUGGCUGUUCAACAUAAUUGAAUAACAAAAACUGAUCAACAAGGAUAGUGAUCACUCUAUAUCAAGUGUCACAUGUAUUAGGAAUGAAGCAAAUUGAUAAAAAAAUUGAUGGUUAAUAAAAAAUUAUGUAAUUAUAUAGGCAAUAUUAAGGAAGACACUUACAGGUAUUAUAGUGAGUGAUUUUUAGGAAGAUCACAAGAGAUUGUUCUAAGAGCUGCUGCUCCUUUUCACAUUGAUUUCUCUUGAUACUUGCUCAGUACUCAAGCAAUUUUGUUGCAUUCACUUUAUUUUUCAAUCUUCAGAGAGGAUAAUAUGGAAUUUCUGCUUGUUAGCGCUGGAGGUAAUUGCAUUUUUCCUUCUGUAUUUUUAUAUUGUUUGCAGAAAUAACCGUUAUAAUAACACAUUUUGUCUCUUUACAAAUGAUACCUGACCUAUCCUGGCAAGAACCCAUCUAUGUGAAAAAAAAAACAGGGAACUAAAAACUGCCAUUUAUAUACCACUUUUAUGAGUGAAUCUUACACAUAUCACUCAAAGGAAAUACAAGUCUGACUGUUAUUAGAGUAGACAGUGGCUGGAAAGUGGCACACAAGUGAACAUAUCAAAAUUUUGGUUGUCAGUUAAAGAAGUUAACAAAUGAAAUGGGCCAGUAUAUGAAUUUAAGCAAUUUCUAAUUUUAAUUUUCUAUUAAAAUUAGAAGAGUGAAUAAUGUUAAUGUGAAGUGUAGAUAGAAUAUGAUAUAGCAAAGAAUAUGCAAACAAGGAUUAAAAAUUACAAUCUGAGAGAGUUUUUUGAUUCUUUUGAAAUAUUUAGAUUUUGAACUACAAGCAGGAAUGGUUGAGCUUAUUGUUCGUCUCCUUCCAUGUGCCAGCAGAUUCACAAAGGCUCCACAAUACUUCAUAGAUAAAUUUGUUUCUCAGGCUUUCAGAGAAAUCAGCAUGGAAGACUUUGAAGCAGUAAGUCUAAGAUUGAUUUUAAGUUAAAUGAUUUAAAUUUUGAAAUUUGUACAAGCUUGUUCAAGAUUCAAACUUGUGUCCAUUUUUUUCCCUUUUUCUUCAGAGAAGAGAGGUUUAAUUGUCAUUGUGCGAUUGCGCUAAUUACUGAAACUAAAGAAAAUAAAAUAAAAAAAUGAUAUUAAUUGCUUACACUAAUAUACUGGUAUAUUCAAUACGUUUUAAAUCCUUGGAUGAGGGCUCCCCCUUCAAAUUUGUGCUCUUUCAUCAAUCAACUUUGAAAAUUUAUGCCCCAUUGUCAUUUGAUAAGUGCUUCAUCCUCUUCCCUUAGUUUUAUGAAAGAGUACAGAUUCAAAAAAGUGUGUACAUUGUAUCAUUUUGGCUGUAUCAAACUUAUAGGACAUUUUUCAAUUAUUCUGUACUUGUUUUAGUUUGUGAAAAUGUCAUUUAGACUAAUUUUGUAGCUUACCGUCUCCAUAAUCCACAUAAUUAAGGUUAAUUGCUAAAUUUGUUUCUUUGGUAGGGUUGUAGGCACUUUCUCAACACUUUGAAUGAAAGUCAAAAGGAAAAGCGAAGGUAUCAGAAGUUUCCUUUGAUUGUAUGUACUGGUAUGAUUUCAUGCACAUUAACGUCUUUGAAAUAUGUAUGGGAAGCUCUUUUCAAAUUGGAUUGUGACCAAUUCAAGUCAUAUUCAUUCUCAUCUUUUUUUUUGUUUUUUACUUAUAAUUACAUAAUAGGAAAAAAACCCAGAAUACAAAAGAAAAUAAAAUUGUGUUGUAAAUUUUAACAUUUUGGUUGGCUGAGUGAGUUUUCAAGAGAAGAUGAGCAAUAGAUUAUUCACAUGCAGUGGGAUGACUCAGGUGUCUUUGUUCACCUUUGGGAAUAAAUCUUAUUGUUUCCUUUGGCAGUGUGACCUCGAUUCCAUGUUAUUCAGCUCACUUUGGAACACUACAGGUUUGUUGGGAUAUUUUGCAAUUAUAUUGUGUUCUGCUUAUCAUUACGGGAAUUAGAAAUGGAUCAUGUUGUCAGUGGUAUUGAGCAAAUAACUGGAAGUCACUUUGUACCAGAAAACUGGCUUUCAGUUAGUCUGUAUAGAUCAAUUUAAAUGGACAGGAUUAUUGUUUUGGUGACUUUUGUGAUUAAAAGUUUUAAAACAGUCAAUAAUAGCAUAUUUCUAGCGAGUUGAUGAAGCUCACUUACCUUUAAAUAAAUCAAAAUCAGUUAUGACAUGAGAACAGAGCAAGAAAUAAAUAUAUUGCAAAAUUCAGUGUGCUGAAACUAUAAGGGAUUAGAGACUUUUAAUACAAUGAUAAUUCUUCUUUAUUUGUGGUUUUUAGGAAAUUAUAACUUAUUGAUGUGAUAUCAUGUUUAUUGUUCUUCUUUGGCAACCACAGGUUUACCAGCCAAGCUAUGAGAAAAUAAAGGAUUUUUGGAUAGAUUUUAACUAUGGUAGUGAGUCCAUCACACUUUUUGUUGAGGAGAGAGACAGAGGUGGAAAUUACAAGGUAUAAAGAUGGUUUUUUUUUAUUAUUUAAUUAUUCUGUAUUCAACCUAUUUCAUUCAAAGUUCCAUCCUUGUAUGCUACCCUAGGUAUUUGGAUUGGUGGAAAGCCACUAUAAUCAGCUCAUGAUGGUUACCCUUUCAUCUGGUUCCAAAUAUUCCAUUGCAUGAGCCAAGUACAGCAUGGAUAGAAGUACAAUAUUUUAGAAUUUUAGUUAGUUGUAUUGUUACAUUGUUAAAGUUGUAAUCAGGCUGCCUAGUAUGGAGGGCCUAGCCCAUUCUACUUUGACUGGGCAAAAGUGCUGGUCUAAUGUUGGAUGUCUGUUUUCCACUGUUAUCUAGGAAGGUAGCUCAUGGGAGACAGUACUCAUUAAAGCAGGAGAUGUUGAGGACUAUCGGAUCAAAGGUAAAUUAUUAUAUUAAUGCCAGACCUACAAGUAACCUACCUUUUGUUGUAAUUGCACAUUUUACACUACCCUUAAUCACUAUCAUACAAGGGAGACCUAAAUCAUUUUAAAAAUUUGUAGUAAGCUAUAACUCACUCAAAAUACAUGUGAUUUUUGAGCCCUAUUAAACAUGCCACAAUGUUAAUAAUGCAAUGGACACCUAAAAACAGUGCUAUAAUUCUUUUAUCUGAUCAAUGUUACUGAAGAGCCCACAGAAAUUUUGCACUCAGCUUCAACUAAAUAUUUGGUCACAGGGGAGGUUGGUAUUGACUGUUUGCAUACUUGCAUAUGAUUCAGGUCUAGAAUGAGAGCAAGGUGGUGUAUCAAAUUAAAAAAAUAAUAACAGAAGGGAAUCUUUUGGUGUUUCUUGAGUUUACUGUCAUUGAAUGUUACUUUAACUUUACACGAUUCUAUUUAAUUAGAUUGACAACAAUUUCUUUCACUGCCCAGAUUUAGAAACAAAGAAAGAUGAGGUUGCCCUCCUUUUAAAACUAAAGCAUGCUGCAUCUGAACUUGUUUCCUUUGGACCUCAAUUUGACAAUCAGUUUGUCAAAUUUUCUUUCAGUGGAAUUUAUAUCCUUUCAGUUGAAAAAAUUCUGACAAAUGUAAUUAUUGUGUUUUUUCCUCUAGAGGAUGCACUCAUUAUACUUUUAGUUUUGUUUCGUUUAAGUUUUUGAUGAGGGUCUGGUCCCAAUGUGUAAUCAUCAGUUUGGAUAUGAGAUUUCUCUACAAAACUUAAAGAGCUUUUAAUUAUGGUAAGUCACAAAAGUUUUUCCUUUCAAUUGUUAAUGGUUGACAACUUUUGUUGCCUUUCUUAACUCUCUCAACUCACUAACCUUCUGACAUCUGUAUUAAAAAAAAUUAUGGGAAGUCCAAAGUUUCCACCCAGUAGUGACUCAGAUGUGAGCUUGACUCCUUCAACAAAAGCUUCAGUAGCCAUGAAUCCUGUCUGCAUUAAAAGUACACAAGUAGAGGUGACAUGUGUUUGGCCUGUCAUGCCUACAGCUACCUUGAUGUCGCAGGUGAGAGACUUGUUGAAAUUAAAUAACUGAUAAUUGUUUAAAGUUGGUUCAAUGGGAUCAUAUUAAGCUGAAAUGUUGAAGGUUCUGAAUGGAUCAUCCUGUAACUUAAACUGAGUUUAUUCCUGUAUGUCCUUAUCAGAACCACAUUUUUGCUCUGCUUAUGCACUGCUUUGUAUUCUAAUCUGGACUUAGAACAUUAUUACUACACAGAUCAUGAUCAUACAGAUACUUGUUGUAGUAAUUAAAUGAUUUCAAAGUUCUAAUACUAUCACCUCAAAUAUCUAUAUAAAGUAGGACAGUGUAAUUAAAUUAUACUCUUUUUUUACUGCUCAGGCCAAGAAGAAGGAGUACAGAUUUGACUUGGAUGAAUCAAAAGUUAAAAAUUCCCACCAAAGAGGUAGUAAACCAACACAAUUAUCUGUUAAAGCUGGGAAUAUGUUGCAUGAUUCAGACAACAGCAGUGCCCACACUGAAGAGGAAACCACAAGAAAGCCCAUUAAACGAGCUUCUAAGCGUCUACAGGCCAAAGAGGCAAGUUUUUUUUUUAUAAUUCACAACCAAAUAUGUAUUUUCUUAUUCUUUUUUUUAAUUAUUUUUUAAUUUUUUUCCUUUUCAGAAUGUAUAGAUAUUCUCUUAAUGAUGUCAAAGUUGGAAAACAAAUAUUUCCUCGUCUUUUUGUGCCCCCCCUCUCUCUUACUGUCUGUUUACCUCCUGUUCUCAUUUCAGGAACAAAGAAGAAGUGACAGUUCCACUGAUAUUGACAUGAGUAAGAAAAACUUUUUAGAGAAAUCCUUACCAACAGCUUUUAAUGUAAGCAAGAGAUUGAAAGCCAGCAAAAAAAAAGAAGAGUCCUUAUCAAAUGGUGCAAAGACCUACCAGGGUAUUAGAGAGAAAGUUUUCUCUACCAGACAUUCUUAUCCAUUGGUUGAGGUAAGUGUACACUCUUUAAGUUAAUUUAUGCCUGAUCAAGGAAGAACUGAGUGAUGAAUGUACCAGUAAAUUCAUCCCUAUCCCUAGGGGUAUCCCUUUCUUAGCCUGAAGAGUUAUUAAACCUCAAGCUCUGUCUAGUAACAUCAAUUCAUCAUUCAUGCAUUUUGAAUAAUUUCUAUUUUCUUUCUGGCACUUUUCAUAUCAUUUCUCUCUAUAGAGCCAAAAGAAAAUCAUUGGCACAUUACCCAUGGUGACUCCAGCAAGAAGGCGAGACCCAAGAUCUGGUAAGAGGAGAAUUAGGUCAUGCACCCUUGUACAAGUAAAGGGUUAUAGAAGCAGGAAAGCAGAAAACACAAAGCUAUCAUUCAGCUCCUCAUCAAAUGUAUUUUCUGAAAGUGACAUUUCUUCCAAUCAAGGUGAAGCUCCAGGAGAUGCAAAUAAGGAGACAAAUGACAAGAGGAAAGAAGAAUCUCUGGACAUUGUUCAAGACUCUUUGCCACUUGCUGAUAGCAUGGAGGUGUGUUAAACUGUUUUCUUUUUGUGGUGUUUACCUUUUGAUCGGAUGCUUGGAUAUACAUUGUUGAUAAUGACUAAGUGAGAGGGCUGAAUGGGAAAAUAGCUGGCUCAAGGUCAUGACAUACAGACUGAUUUCAUCAGGCAGACAGUUGCUUAAUUUUCCCUGCCCUGUUCACACCAUUGCAUAUAGGACUGCUCAUGACGUUUUUCAAAAUUUGCAUGCAGUGGGUCAGAGGGAUCCCUAAUGGCCACCUUAACUAGUUGUCAGUGUUACAGUUAAUGAAACAGAGUGGGACUAGCUACUAGCAAUUCAGAGUAGAACUAUGCAAGUCCAACUGAAUUGGGUAAAAGCAACAGGAAGCUGUGGCAUUUCUGUUCAUAAUGGUAAUAGGACGUAGUGGAGUCCAAUUUGUUCUGUAAUCAUAUGAGUAUUAACAAAAUUGGAUGACCACAAAGCGGGAGUCCAAUUUGUCAAUCAUGAGUAUGAUUACCGACAGAAUUGGACGACAAAAAUCCUGUUACCAAUUAAUCAUAAUCAUUACAAUUUCUGAAAACAACAAAUACCAUUAGGUCAAAUAUCUCUGGUAGAGACAAUGUCUAGAGUAAAAAAUUCUCCAUUUUGGAAAUUCAUUGGUGGUAAUCAGUCCAUCAUUGCAAAGUACCUGUUCUGUUAUUAUGUAUCCAAAGGAUGAAAAUGAAUUUAAUCAUCAAGAUAAGACAAAUAAAGAGGGAAGUCUCAAGAAAAAAAAACUGGAAAAGAGGCAGAGUAAGUCAAAAUCAAUGCCUGGUAACACCCACAAAAUAAAAGAACCAGCUGCAUUGCAGCCACCUGAAGAAAGUAAAAGGAAGCAACGCACGAAGUCAGAAGGUGAAUGCUAAACUGAAUCUGUUUUAUUUAGAAAGUCAAUUUUGACCCGCUUAGUGAACCACAAGAUCAUUUUGAUAGUUACCAUCAGUGUACAGGCAUCUGAGUUAAUUGUUCUGGUCUGAAGCCCUGACCUGGUUAAUGUUAAUGUUAAUUAAUGUUUUCGUCUUUUUCUUAAAAAAGAAACCCAACUUUCGCAGCUUCUCUUUCCACCCUUGAGAAAUGGAAAGGGGAAACAAGAUAAAAUGCAAGGGUAACCAGUGAUUUACUGGUUCCACGCUUCUAGUAGCUUAAUGUUGAGAAAAUCAGGAUAAUCUCUUGUGAAAUGCCCCACUGGCUUAUUACAACCGAUAAAUUUACUUUUCUACCGUUCUCGGCUUUCUUCAUUUACAAUUAGGUGCUUUUGGAUUUAGGAACUUGAUAAUUUUAAUAAAAGAGAGAAGUAAGACAUGGUAGUGCUUUCGCCUGUUUGUCUUAACGUAUCUGGAAGUCACGAUUUCCACCCUCUUUGCUCUUUAGGAUUAAAAAAGGAUAGAACUGCAAGGAGUAAGGUUUUGGUGCCAGAUCCAGCAAAGAAACAUCAGAGAAUUAGUGAUGAUGUUUACGAUGAAAACAGGAUUGACAUUGGCAAAUAUAAAACAGGUAAUGAUAUCCCUAAAAAUCAAGGUAUGUGUACGCCCUAUACACAGGUCCACUAACAAGUGUGUAAAUACUUUGCCAUCCAUGUCCUAUCGGUUCGAGCCGUAAGUUGCGGACCAGCAACUAGGUGGAUAUUUGUUACCUCUCUACAACUGUCUGACAUGUUUCAGAAAUUGCAUCUAUUCGUGUACUCCUGCUUCAAAUGAACAUUGAAAAUGAAACAAGUUGAUUUCAAAAUCACGAAAAACGAGAACGAUUGGCGAUAAGUAAGAAGAGAGUUUGGCGACGAAAUAGCUAUGAAGUUUUACCAGCCGUACAUGUAGAGCAGAGUAACACCCACUAAAUUGACCAAUAAUAACUAGAGUAGUAACUGAAAGAUAGGACAAAACAUUUAACAAUCUCAGUCAAUUAAGUUUUCAUUUACACGUUUUCAGUUUAAAUAUUCUCUGUAGUUGUUGUCACAAAAUUGAGGACAGGCUUGUUCAUAUUUUGAUAUUUUGUAUAGGGGCGAAUGAAGACGCUACCAGUAGAAGACGUUCGCAAAGCACUAAAGUACAAAAGAAGCAAGCUACAUCUCAUGUUUUUGCCCUCAAAUCCACAAAGGAUGCUGAUGAUGAGGAUGAUUACCUUCAAGAAAAUCAGUAUGAGACGGUUUUGGAUGGUACAGUAAAUCUCAAUUAUUGUUUAAUGCAUGUUAUUACCCCAAAGCAUUCCUACUGAAAUGUUUCGAAAAUGAAAAGCUGCCAUAAACCAACAGUUUCCCAUCUAUUACUUACUUUACCUUCUUAUUAUGUUGUAGAUUAUGAACUUGAAAGCAGUGAUUAUACUACAGAAUACUAUCAAGAGGCUGAAUAUGGAACGUCUUCACCGGUUGUUAAAGUCGAUAAUGCAUCUCAAAGCCAUAAAUCAUUGGAGGAGGAUUUACCCAUCAGUUCUCAGGAUAUGGAUGACUAUGCAGGAUUCGACCAUCAAAAUACAAGAAAGCCAGUUACGAAGAAAUUCAAGAUAGAAAAGGACAGGAUAGAAAUUCUGAAAAAGAAAAACAGCAGGGUAUGUAUAGAGUUUGUGGUCACUCAUUGUACUGUGUCAUUUCACAAUGAUCCUUAAAAACAAUUAGAAAGUGAAACCAAAACUGCGUUUGGAUUUAAUAACAUUUUUACUCUGUACAUAAACUUUGUGGCUUCUUGCUGUCGGUCAUUCUCUAUUGAUUGAAUCGCUAAUUUCAAGUUUGGAAAAUGCUUGCCAUCAUGGUAUGUUCUACAUACCAGGUUCCCGUUAAAAUAAGGGACGAAGUUCUUUUUUACUGAGAGUGCUUUUUCGUUUUAGUUUUUGCCAACCCCGAAGUCAUGUGAAGGGUCAGGUGACAAUUGUAAGGGAGAAGAAUCUCAACGCAGCCCAAUGAACCUCUCUAAGGUAGAAAACCUUGGUUGCUUUCAUCACAUCUUCUAGCUACAAAUAGUUUAUUUCAAUCCCAGGGAAGUUUGGCUCUGAAAAAGUUGUUAAAGUUCUGCCUUCCAAAGACAUUGUUUGAAUUCAGUUUUACCACAAUGGAAAUGUUGUCUUUACUGAAAGGCGCUUAAUAGUCCACGACCAGCAGUCUUACCUGUAUAAGUGGUAAAUGAGUAUUCCCUCCAAAAGCUUAUUUUUUCAUUCUCUUUUCAUAUUUUUUGCAAUAAAGAACGGCUAUCCAGACUUCUGCCCAUGAUAUAUUCUUCAACUUGGCUGGUUGCUCUAACGUAAGAGAUAUUUUUAAACCUCUCUCUGUUCCAGAUUACUCCCAUAGGCGAGGCUUCAGAAGCAAGUGACGUUACUGAACAAGACGAAGUUAAAGAGAAGGAUGUUGAAGUUAAAGCUGACUCCGCUAAUAGCGAUAUUGAAAUAGAUUAUAACUUCGACAUAAAUAUGACACCAAUUUAUAGACAUAAAUAUAGGAAUGAGCAAAGAUUGGUAAGCUGAUGUACAUCAAGGAACUUAAGUCACCAAUGUGGCGCUUUAUUGAUUUCAUUUUAUCGUUGUUGUUGUCGUAGUUAAAUUAUGUCAUCUACUUGGAACAAUAUGCGACAAUUUAAACAUUUGUUUGAAUUAGUCACAUAAUAUCCUGGCUUCUCAGGUCGGCCACCUUUCCAAUCCUCUCCGUCUCUGACGGAUGACAUUUAUUUAUUUAAGUAUAACUUCUUUAGAGUUUAAAAGUUAAAAGACUCCAGAGAGUUGUAUCUAUGUUCGGUUUUCAUCUUUCAAGGCUGGAAACAAUACGCAGCUUAGCUCCAGUGAGGGAAGGUUAGGUUUGAAGCGUGUUGUGUCUCGAGAUGACUCAGGUAUUUAAACCUCUGAUUAUGUUUCCUAGCUAGCUUUGAUUAAUAUUCUUCUUAAAAUGUCUCUGAAUUGUAGAAUCUAAGAAUGGCGCCAUCGGUUUUUGUUAACACCAUGCCUUUUUCAGUUCUUGAUAAACGAAACUGCAUCAACACUGUGGUUUAGAAAAGUACAGAAAAUAUUUAUGUACCAUUUUAUCUUUGAAUGUAAAAUGUGAGAAUGAUUUGUUUGUCUCCUACCUGUAGGAAUUGGCGAAACACCUUUCCAGGGAAAGCAGACAAAAGUAUCCAUGAAAAAGUCUUUGAGACAAAGGCCUCUUCAAGUCUCUGUUGUAAAGACACCGAUCACGCCAAGAUCAGAACUAGGUAAGACGUUGGCAAAUUAUGCAAAAUUUUAAGGUUAUGGUUCAUCUUAUAUCUUGCGAUAUGCAACCUAAGUGACAAAGUGGCAUCUUAAGACAAAGUCUAAAGAAGAAAAGCCUUUCGACUACUAAAAUGGUCACAUUUACUGAUGAAAGUUUUAAGUGCUUACUGGUGCACCAACUGAUUUGAAAGAUUUAUUUCGAUACGUGUUCUUUUCAGAUGGAGCAAAAACUACAAAUAAAUAACUUAACACGCUCUUUUUCACCCGUUACAUUAUGACAACCCAACUCCUUACUCUCGGUUUGCUAAGUAGUUUGAUUUAUUUAUUUAUUUUAGCGCUAUUAUUUCCACAGAUAAGGAUAACUGUGCAGUUGUUGAGGUUCGUAACCUAACGAAGUGCCUUUAUCAAAGUAUUUUUGUGUAAAAGUGAACCUUAGUGAAUUAUUUAACCCUUCCUCCUUUCCCUAUGCUGACUCGACAGACUCGAUCAUAACUUGGUUGUCGAAUUUAAAGCUGGACCCUUCUCUUUGACCUUAAGUGUAGCUGCCAGUGGCACCGAAGAGUAUGGUUUAGACUAUUUGCAUCUGAAAUUUAUAGUCUAUACAGUCUCAUUGGCGAUGCGCCCUUUAUCCAAAAUAACUUUUCUUGUCACUUCGAAGAAACUCCUAUGUUGAGUUAGUCUUAAUUGGGAUAUUGGAGUCAAGAAGUGCACCGAACAAUGCCCCCUCCCUCCCUUUCGUAAAGCGGUUGGACUCAUCGUGAUUCGCUCUGUAUUUGAUUAGACCAUAAUUACUAUACAAGCAAAAUCUGCGAGCAUUCGUCGGAGUAAAGGAUAACCUUGUAGUAAGAAUGUGGUAGCAAUGAAGCGACAGGUCAGUCAGAAUUCCACUGUUGCGUGUUUUUGCAUGCAUCAUGAGGAGCGAGUCAAGUUUUGAAAAACAGGGUUAAUGUGUUACACUGAAUUUGUCUAUGUGCUAUUAUUUGACUGUAGAGUGGAAAAGAGUCCGCCUCAUCCCAAGAGUCAGGAAAGGAAAUUACGGUUGGUGCAUAAGGUUUUAAGAGCUCUUCAGCAUAUAUAGUAAUUGAUAUUGAUAAACGGGCUACUUUUUUUACGAAGUCUUUUAUAUGCUUUCCGUGGUUCCACGAUUUGUUUGUUUGUUCUUGCAGUCUCACGUUUAGCACAGAACAUCUUGAAUUUGAUUAGUAAAGGAUUUCUGUUUUAAUAAUUUCCACAGGUUAGAAAGCGAAAGAGGAAUUACUUUGAGUGGUCACGAUCAGGCCCCAGCUAUCCUGGUGGCGCAUCUCUUACAGGUAUACAUGCUCUGUAAUGAGAACUGUCGCAUCGAAAACCCCGGGGAAAGGUCUUCGACAUUUGGAGAGAGGUUUUAGAUGGGCUUAGAGAUAAGUCAAGGGGAGCUUGACGUAUGACAGAUGGAGGGCGAGUUAGGAGAGGGAUUGAAAAUCGAUUCGAAACGAACUGAUGAGAAAUACAGCAGGUAAUUUAGUGUUAACAACUGGGUUUACGGUGGCUAAUUUACGUUUUCAACCCAGUUGUUAAUACUAAAUUACCUGCUACACUCUCCCACCGACGCAGCACCACAGUUUCUUUAGAAACUUACCCCUUUAUUGAUGAGAAAUACACUCGAUUUAGUAGCGAAAUAUUUAAGUAUGCACGGAUGCAGUCUACUGAUAUGUUGAUGUCUGAGUGGAUCGCUGAAUAUUUCGCCACCAUAUCAUGAAUAGGUACCCUCCAGUUUGUAAACAGUUUAAAUUUACAGACCACACAGUUCAGCAGACAAGAGCACACAUCUGUGAUAGUAUCAAAGGACAAGUGUGUCUCAUUAUCCAUGAUAUGAUAGAUAUAUUUUACAGCGUUUAUCCACGAUAUAUUUUUUUACUCUCAGCGAAGAGUACUGAACAUAGAGAAGGCUGGUAUAGUCGAAGUUUUUACAGGCCAAGGAAACUUUCCUAUGAAGGUAAAUUUGCGGCAUGAAACGGUAGCACUGAUACUGGUAACAGAAAUUACCGGUGUCUAAUACAGCGCAUUUCGAUUAGCAGUCUCACAACCAAAGAGUCAAAGUUAUCAUAAAGUUCUUCUCUUGAAUUAAAAGCAUACAACCCAUGUUUACUGUUCACUAAUCAGAUCCGUUUGACGAGCUAGUUCUGGCUAUUCGGGAACAAGCUGGGAACCUUUCAUUUCGGAAUGAACAUUUUGCUGUACAUUAAUUAACCAAUGAAUCUCUCCUACGGUUAUAUUUAUCGUUCAGUCAUUACGUCAGACGAAAAUCCCCUUUUUUCCAUUUUUUGACUAACAGAAAUAAAAAUGUUUUAGCUUUAUUAGAAAACAGAGAGGAGCCUGACGAAGAAGAAGAUGAUGGUGAAGAAGAAGAAGAAGAAGAAACCAGGUUUGUGAACUGAUUUAAGCUUUGUUUGUUUGUUUGUUUCGAUUUGUUUAUUUUUGGUGGUGAAUGGUCGACCACUAUUUUCACAGAAGAGCGAAACGAUAGAAGGGGAAAUAAGACAAAGUAUAGAUUCCGCAUCAAGAUUUAUUUGCCAAGAUUUCUGUAAACUUAGCAAAACACUCCACAAAAAGUUUGAUUUCUUUUCCUUCAAAGGAAAGAGGUACAGGGACUGAUCAAUUUUGCCGGACGAAAGAUUAUGAAAGCAGUUCGUGUAAGUAACGAUUUCUUUGUCCAACAACAAAAGGAUAAAACAGGCAACGUAACUCCCAGGGAAAAUGCAGGGUUGCGGUUUGAGAGUAGCGGUUGGUAUUGCAUACUACGAGUAAUCUUACUUAAGAUAUCGCGCACAUUACGAAAUGGCGCAUUUUUCAUCAUCAUCAGAUUAAAGGUUACCAGAGAGGAGAACUCCCAACGUAGCAUGCGAAUCUAUCUCCAGAAACGUAAAUGAUGAUAUUUUUAAGGAGUAGUGGUUACACUGUACUAUUUUAAAAGUAUCAUUUGUUUGCCUCGUGAUCUUCUCAUUACGAAAAGGCUUUUGUUCUGUCAAGAAGGUGUACUCUUAUUUUCAGAGAAAGCGUCUCAUGAUCCGGUCGUUUGUGAAGAAAUCCAAUGAGGUCAUGUUUACCACCAUUGACUCCCUAUGGAGUCAAACGCAGGCAGCCAGGUAUAUGUCAUGCUUUGUUCACCUUGUAACCAAAAUGUGUCGUAAUUUGAUUUAUCCUUGAUUUUGAUUUCAUUUUUCGUUAUCUUUGGAAUAAUCACAGAGUUUGAAACAAAGGAAAACCAAAUUUGAACCAUAGAUUAAAUCGAACUAUAAAAUAUAAACGUUCAGAUUGUUGCUCAGGUGAAAAGUACUAUACGUUGGAUGUGUUUUGGUGUGCAGGAACCGUUAUCAUGGGGAAAUUGUUUCGGGAGUGGUGCUAAAGUUUAAGAGGCCACGUCAUAGCUGAUGGGUUUUUCAAACUCAAAUAGCAGAUAAUAGAAUUUCCGAGUUUGUCAUUUGCUGUUUUCUACCUUAUAUGGCUACUAUUUCAAAGUUUCCAUUUAAGGCGUUUUUAACUUUGUGAAAAUACUUCGAAAUAACAUUGCAGCAGCUCGGGUGAAUGCUGUACAAGUUGUGUUUGCAGCAGUUUAAUUAAUUUUGGAGGAGUUGGUCAACAGCUCAGUGUAGUUUUGAUUGUGCGGCUGAUGUGUUUUGUUUCUUUAUUUCUUCACUCUGUGACUAUUGUGAUCCUAUAGUUACGACAAAUUGAGGAGCUGCAAGAACCAAUUCUCAGAACAAGUUCAAGUUCUGGAGAAGGAAAUUGAUAAAACAUCUGCAGUCGUAAGAGGAAUAGAGGAAACCUUCGUAAGUGUCAGUUUGUGGUGAUUGAUUUCAAGGUACAAUUAUGACAAUAACCUUUUUUCGUAUCUCAGUGUAUGUAGAAGAGAGCCAUCUUUCCAAAAGAACCAUGGUUGGGCCGAUGAACGUUUUUUUUUUUUUCAAUAUCACAGUUGUGAUAACCCCUUACUUAUCUGGUUAGAACAUUUCUUUGAAAAUUAGAAUGGUUUGGAAAAACAAUUCAAGAUCCUCAAGAACCAAAGACAGGUGGAAAACAAGAGGUUAGUAGGUAGUUCUUACUGUUACUCUUAGUACCCUUUACGUUUUUCGUCAUUUAAGGCCUGAUGGGUUCACACUCGAUCUUCGUCUCAAGGUUCAAAGGCUUGGAACAUCUUCAGGUUGUCAUGGAAAGUGAACUCACAAAGUUGAAGCGGAAAAGAGAAGAACGAGAGGUAUUUGCUGAUCAUUGUACGUUUUUACCACCCCUGUCACGUCUGAGGAGGUAUACUUUCAACCUGCUUUGGUAAUGGAAGUUGGUGUUUUUGUUUCAUUAUUUAAAGGUGAAGUUUCUCUUUGGUUAGGCUUGCUCAGCUCAACGAAUUGACCAUAUGUUGAUCAAACGAAUUAAUGAGUAUGACUUUCUUCAUAUUAUCAAUUUUAUUUAAAGGAUAUAGAUUAAUUAAAAUUGUUGCUUAAAGUCAUAUAAAUACUUUUAACAGAUAGCAGUGCGAACUGAGAUGGAAAACGAAAUGGAAAAACUACAGAAUAAAUUUCUUCAAGACGCUGUGAGUAGACGAUCGGAUUCUCCAACAAUUGGUUUUAAUUUCACGUGUGUGCGGUGUUGAUUUUUCCGCUAAAACUUCUUUAUUUCUCUUUUAUCAGCGCAAGCAGACAGAAGAUUACCUUAAGAUGACAUUGAACACCUUACGCAUCCUUUGACGUUACUACAAUGAAUUGUGCUUUUGGUCCAAGUGUGUUAAGAAAAGAUGAGACUGUUCUCUUGGUGUCUUCCGCAAAGAAAUGGCUUGUGUUUGACGAUUUUCAGUAUAGAGGUUCGAACAAAUUAUUGGGUCUUUUUGUAUUACACAUUGAAAGAUACAAAAUUGAAGCCAAAACAGAAAAAUAAGCGAAUGAAAAAAGGAAAACGUAGAACAAGUUAAACGGAG